AAAAGUGGUCCUGUACUGAUGCUGUGUGAUGUAUUGUGGGUUGUGUGCCAACUGGCGCACAAAAAUGAAUCUCAAAUUUAAGGGUUUUUAAAUUAUUAUUGAUCCAAUAAAUUUCACCAUUCUAAAUGAAAUUCCAUUACGCACUAGUACAAUUAACGUGCGCAGCUUGACUUGUUAUUGUGUUUAUACCAAUAUCAAUAUAACCUAGAAAAUGUAUUCAACACAAUUUUAGCCUAAAUUAAAUUUUGCUAAUUAAUUAUGGAAUUAUUGGAAUUUAAAGAUGCAAAAUCAAUUCCAGAUAUUGUACACACUUACACACCUUCCCUCAGAAAUAACGCUGUACCUAUUGUAAUUGAUAAUGGGUCAUAUCAGUGUAGAGCCGGAUGGGCAACAAACGGAGAACCUUUAUUAUUAUUUAAGAACCUUAUAGCAAAGCCCAGAAAGGAACGGUCUAAAAAAGACACAGUUGAAGUACCACAAACACCACAACUACAAGUAGGAAAUGAUAUUGUAAACAUUGAAGCAGUUAGGUUCCAACUGAAAACGCAGUUUGAUAAAAACGUAGUCACACACUUCGAAGCACAAGAACAUUUAUUUGACUAUACAUUCAGCCAUUUAGGCAUCGACACAGAAAAUUGUGUGCCACAUCCAAUUUUAUGUACAGAACCGUUUUUAAAUCCCAACUCAUCCAGACAGUUAAUGAGUGAACUUUUGUUUGAAUGUUAUGAUGUGCCCGGAAUAUGUUACGGAGUUGAUUCAUUAUUCGCUUACAAUUAUUCUGCGAAACCUUUAGAGAAUGGAUUAAUUGUGAGUUUGGGUUACCAUGUUUGUCACAUAAUACCCAUAAUUGGUCACAAAACCAUUCACGCCAACACCAGAAGGUUAAACACAGGUGGCUUCCAAAUUAUAUCAUUUUUACAUCGAAUAUUACAGUUAAAAUAUCCGGCGCAUGCAACCGCCAUAACAUUAAGUAGGGCUGAAGAGCUGCUUCACACUAUUUGUAAAGUGGCUCUGGAUUAUCGAGGGGAGGUUUUAAAUUGGAAUGAUCCUGACUACUAUGAAGAUAACAUUAAAAAAAUUCAAUUACCUUAUUCGGUGUCUGUUGCUAGCUCAUCCUUAACUGUGGAGCAGCAGAAGGAACGGAAAAAGGAGUUGGCCAGGAGGCUAACAGAAAUAAACGCGAGGAAACGUGAAGAACGACUAAGCGAGUUCAAAACGAAACUGAAAAGCUUGACUCAAAUUGUAGAAAUGAUACAGUAUGGCAUAGAUGAGGAGGACAUUCAGGCUGCAUUUUCGGAGCACCAAAUUAAAAACGUUCAGGAUUUGCAAAAGAACAUUGCCAAUUUGAAAAUGAAAAUCGAUAAAACAGUCCAAAAGAUACAGGCAGCCAACAAUGCUGAAGAAGUGGAUGAGCCUCCAGCCAAACAGUCCAAGUACACCAAAAUGGUGUUCGAAAACGAAAAAGCCAUGCACUUGUAUCUGCAAAACAUUAAAAAAUUGAGGCAAGAAAUUUUGAAUAAGAAAAUGGUAAGGAAACAGAAAAAGCAGGACAUGGCGAAGAGGAGGACGGCUGCUGGCCAAGAAAGAAUGCGUAUCAUUUCCCAACUGGCAAGAAAAGAAAAGGGGAACGACGACUUCGGCUUAAGAGACGAGGACUGGGAGAUCUACAAAACCAUCAGCAAAGACGGCGGCGACUCCGACAGCGAAGCAGAGAACGAAAAACUCGUGGAAUACGAAGAAAUCAUACGUGCCCACGAACCGUCCGAACUGGACGAAAUAUCGACGCCGGGCGAGACCCAUCAACUACACGUGGGCAUCGAAACUAUCAGGGCGCCGGAAUUGCUGUUUAAACCGUACAUGCUGGGGUCGUCCGAAGCUGGACUCUCUGAGGUGAUAGGCUACGUUUUGUCGUUGUUUUCACCGGAAGAUCAGCUGAAAUUGGCCGCCAAUGUUGUGGUGGUUGGGGGACUGGCCAAUUUGAAGGGUCUCAGGGAGAGGCUCCUGCACGAAUUAAUUUCAAUAAGGCCGUUCCAGUCCGAAGUAAACGUUUCUAUCAUUAACAACCCCAAUUUAUCGGCGUGGCACGGUGCGAGAAAAUUCGCCAAGUCUGCCGACUUCAAGAAGAGUUUGUUGACGAGAAAAAUGUACGAGGAGAACGGACCGGAGUAUUUUAUUGAGCACGCGUCGUCAAACCCUUGUUAUCCCACUCCUAAGGGACAACCAGGCGAGUUUGAUGUCUGAUUUUAUCAUUAAGAACAUUAAUCUACUUUUAUAUGAAUUAUGACAAUGAAUUUUAGAGGUGUUCACUUGAAUUAUUUAUAUUAUGCACUCUUCAUUGGUGAAACCAUUAAUUAAAAUUAAAUUUUACAGUAAAUCUGUUUUCAAGUUAUUGUUUUUUAAGUAUUUUCAAUAUUGUUGUACAUAAUAUUCCAAUUAAUUUUAAUACUUUCUAUGAAUUAU